CACAAACAUUAUAACCAAUCCUUCCCCCAACGCCUUUCCUCAACAAAAACCCACCUUCUCUCUCUCUCUCUCUCUCACACACACAAUCUUUGUACCAUGUAUCAAGCGAUUCCUUACAGUCACCGGACAUAUCCUCCGACCAGCACCGGGCUGUCACGUGAGGCACGUGAGAGUGAAGCCAACGACGCAGCAAAUGUAGGAAAAAUGGUGUCCGAGAAUGCGGUGAUAGUGUUCGGGAGACGUGGGUGCUGCAUGUGCCAUGUGGUGCGCCGGUUGCUACAAGGCCUGGGGGUGAACCCCACGGUUUCCGAGGUCGAUGAGAAGGACGAGGCUGCCGUGACCAAGGAGUUGUCGAGAAUGAUCGGUCUCGAGGAAGGACAUCUGGACGACGGUCCGGUGCAGUUUCCGGCGGUUUUCGUCGGCGGCAGGUUGUUCGGCGGGUUGGAGAGAGUCAUGGCCACCCAUAUUUCUGGUGAAUUGGUCCCCAUCUUGAAGCAAGCCGGGGCUUUGUGGCUUUGACCAAAAUUGGGUUGUUUUGAUCAUAUUGUGUACUCUCUCUUAAUUUGUGUUUAAUUAUGCUGGGUUCCUUCUCAAUAAUUCUUGGGGGGAGGACUGCAUGAAAUUUUUCUUUUUUUUCUUUUCUUUUUUUUGUUCUUAACUUGUCGCUUUGGAAUUGUAAAAGAUAGUUUUUAUUUAUUUCUUAUGACAAUCUCAAUCUUUAUCCUAAUUAAUUCGAAUCAUGUAUCGUUGCCGUCGGCGUCGAUCGUAAUCGGAUCAUAUGUUGUUGUGAAA